AUGACUUCCAUGGCUGACCUAAAACAAGUCACAUUUGCACCGGAUGUACUAGAACGCAUUGCCCCCGAUGUUUCUUUACAGCGGCAUUUGGCACUUGGUAUAAGACCCAAUCUUCGAAACUUUAAUGAGUUCAAAUCAAUCGAGUAUGGAAAUAGUCUGCAAUUACAGCAGAAUUCCGAUAAUGUUUUUGCCUCUUCGAUAUUAAAGAGCGGAUCGACCACAGUUAUAAAUACUAUAAGUUUACUGAUUGUCGAGGAUCUAAAGGGCAAUGGUAAUAGUGGUAACCAGCAGCUGAACCAGUAUGCGUCAAUUUAUCCUCAAGUGGAAAUAUUAAGAGGUAGAUCCGGCGCUCCCACAGAUGAAGAGAUGAUUCUAAGUCAAAACUUGUAUGAAUCAUUCAGAAAUUGUCGAAUAAUCCCUGCUAUAGGCUUGAAGAUUGAUAAUUUGGGAUUGGCAGUAAAAGACGAAAGAACUGGCGAAGAACAAGUUUUAUACCCAGAUUUACAUGAAUCACAAUGGCAAUAUAUAAACUUGUCCAGCAUGCAUAAUAAACAGUUUUCAUUUGUGUUGCACCUGAAUAUAAAGAUAUUUCUGAGGCAAGUCAGCACAAACUCGCUUUUUGACUUGUGUUUUGCUUCGUGCCUCAAAGCAUUGCAAGAUUUGAAACUUCCACGAUGCUAUGUUGACGACUCGGUAACAACAAAGAUAUCUAUUAGAUCAAGGAAAUCCAGUGCUAGAGGUACAGUGGACGCAGAUAAAGGUAAUUUGACCUUGGAUUCAAGACAAGAGAUGCUUUUCAAUUUACAAUUGAAUGUACCAAAUGCAACGGUAUCAAGUAACUUUGGUGUUAUCAAAGAGGACAAAAAAGACGGGAAAACUAUUUUGCUAGCCGAUUUAGAAGGCGAGGCUGAAGAAUCGAGUGUGCUAUCGAGAAUUUCGAUAAUUUGCAACGAUAAGGAAACUAUAAAUAAAAUUAGUUUGGUGAGUGAUGGUGCUAUAAAUUUGGAUGUAUUAAAGCAGGCCAUAGAGAUGUCAAAGAAAAGAGCUGAAUUUCAAUCGAGCAACGCUAUCGAGUAG